ACCGUCUUCUUAUUUUAGUAUAAUAAUAGUAUUGAAGUUGGGCUCCACGGAGUUUGAGCAUGAAACUACAUCUAGGCGCUAAAGCUAAGAUCUAUAAACGCCACCAUCUCCAUUGUUAAUUUUACUGGUUCUCUGAGAAAAGCUUCAAUUUGAUAUUAUCAGGACAGCUUGCUUCUCCAUAAGCCAAGAUGUAGGUUGUACUUGCUGCUUCUAUUUUAAGCAAGUCUGGAAAAGUGCUCGUCUCCAGGCAGUUCGUGGAAAUGACUCGUAUAAGAAUUGAAGGCCUUCUUGCAGCAUUUCCCAAGUUGUUGGGCACUGGAAAGCAACACACAUACUUUGAGACUGAGAAUGUGCGGUAUGUCUAUCAACCAAUAGAAGCUCUUUACUUGGUACUUGUAACAAACAAACAGAGCAACAUUCUUGAAGAUUUGGAGACUCUAAGGCUGCUUUCUAAGCUGGUACCAGAGUAUUCCGUCUCUCUAGAUGAGGAGGGUAUUGGCAAGACUGCUUUCGAACUGAUCUUUGCUUUUGAUGAAGUCAUCUGUCUUGGGCACAAGGAAAAUGUGACUGUUGCACAGGUUAAGCAAUACUGUGAAAUGGAGAGUCAUGAAGAGAAGUUGCACAAGCUGGUAUUGCAGAGCAAGAUUAAUGAAACCAAGGAUGUCAUGAAGCGUAAAGCUAGUGAGAUAGAGAAGAGCAAGAUUGAUAAGAAUAGAGGUGACAAGGGAGGGUUCAUGUCAAUGGGCUCUGGAAGAAUUGAAACUAGCUUAAGUGAAAUUAGCAUUCCUAGCAGUGGAAGUGGCUUUGGAAGUGGUUCUGGAUUUGGUGGAUUAAUCAAUGAGGUUGAUUCCUUCCCGACCAAGUCUAAAGGCCGCCAACCUUCAUCUGCAACUGCUCCUCCUAAAGGUUCUGGCAUGCAGCUUGGUAAAUCACAAAAAACAAACCAGUUCCUGGAAUCCCUGAAAGCAGAAGGUGAACUGAUAGUUGAAGAUGUGAAGCCAAAGGCAGGCCAGGCCAAAGCAGCCAUAGCUCCACCUACUGAUCCCAUUACAUUGACCGCUGAGGAGAAACUUAAUGUCACACUGAAAAGAGAUGGUGGAAUGAGCAACUUUGAUGUUCAAGGGACUUUGUCACUUCAAAUUCUUAAUCAGGAAGAUGGUCUUAUCCAAGUUCAGAUUGAAACUGGGGGUAAUCCUGGCAUUCUGUUCAAGACGCAUCCUAACAUGAAUAAGGAAUUGUUUUCCAACGAGAACAUUUUGGGAUUGAAGGACCCUAACAGGCCUUUCCCAACUGGUCCAGCUGGGGAUGCAGCUGGUGUUGGUCUUUUGAAGUGGAGAAUGCAAAGUGCAGAUGAGUCAAUGGUGCCAUUGUCCAUCAACUGUUGGCCUUCAGUUUCUGGAAAUGAAACUUAUGUGAGCAUUGAAUAUGAAGCUUCAGCCAUGUUUGAUCUGCAAAAUGUUGUGAUUUCUAUCCCUCUUCCAGCACUUCGGGAGGCACCAAGUAUCAGGCAGAUUGAUGGUGAAUGGAGGUUUGACUCCAGGAAUUCCAUCUUAGAAUGGUCAAUAGUUCUCAUUGAUAACUCUAACCGCAGUGGGUCAAUGGAGUUUGUUGUGCCUCCAGCAGACUCAUCAGUGUUCUUCCCCAUCUCUGUCCGGUUUACAGCCACUAGUACAUACAGUGACCUGAAGGUAGUGAACAUUAUUCCCCUGAGAGGUGGAGCUCCUCCAAAGUUCUCCCAGAGGACAAAUUUGGUAACAGAAAAUUACCAAGUGAUGUGAAUGAUAGUGGAAAGUGCUAUAAAUAAUAGGCUGGGAUUCACUUUCAGCCAGCAGCUCCUCUUUUUGCAUAAUUUUACCAACUUCACUUCACGGUAUUGAUUUCAUAACUGGGUUAUACUUUAAAAUAUCCACAUCAGCCUUAGCCCGGACCCUUCUCAGCUGCAACUAUAUUAAGUCAAUCCCUACUUGCAUCCGCUCUUACAUUGCGUAGCUGGUUUAAAAGUUAUUUUUUAACUACUAAAUUAAUUUAUUAUUAUUCUUUUAAAUUUAAGUAUUAUUAUUUGGACCCAAAUUUAAAUUGAAUAAUAUUAUUGAUGAAUAAAUGAA